AGGUCCGAGUUGACGUGUGAGUGGGCGCGCUCCAAGUGAAGCGUGGCAACAGAUGGACUUGGGAUGACUCGUGAUGAUGACUUGCGAGGAUUACGCCAAGAAAAGCGGCCGGCUUUGUGGCGCGACCUGCCACACCGCUUGGAACGGACGGCAGUGAUGGGAAAGAAAGAUCCUCGUGCUGGUUGAGGUGGUCCAGACCAAGACAAAGAAAAACAGUACAGGAAUCCGAUCCAGACGAGCCGUUGAGAUUAAGGCGGAUUAGAAUCUCAGGGGCGACUUUUUGACUUGACCAAGCAAGUACAGAGCAGCCGGUCCCAUUCAUCAGCAUCAAACCAUAAAGUGUUCCACCCUGUCGAAGGUGGCUUACACGGCAAAUCAACGCGAGGCAGAACAAAAUCAAUUGUAAUCUAUGGGCAACCAGGAUCACAAACCAACAGUUGAAGGUUGUGAAACAGCCAUGUAGCCUGAACCUUCCUCCAGCGAGUCGGUGACGUGCGGGAAUGUGACGUUCGCAUAUCCGGAUCUGCCAUCCACUCGUUCUCAAUUUCCCGAAUCUCCUUCUCUGGAUUUGCUGUCUCUGGCGUCUCUCGCUGCGCCCGCCAUGCCGCCGCAUCUCUGAGCCUCGGCCCCGGCCGGGAAUAGGGAGUGGCGCCGUCGGCCAUGUUGGAAAAGAUGUCCCGCCAGCAGCGGUCCCUGCUGUCGUUGGCGUUGACCUCGCUGGCCCUCAGCUUGUCCGUGUCGGCCUUCUGCACGUCAUACUGGUGCGAGGGGACCCACAAGGUGGUCAAGCCACUCUGCCUGUCGCCCGUCAAGAUGAAGAACUGCGGCCAGAACAACAGCCAGCCCUACACCACAGAGGCCCCGACGCCGGACACCAGGAACCCAGCGUCCAACGUGACACUGACGCCGCAACAGAGGGAGCAGCUGGCAAUCCUCAGGAGGAAGCAGCUGGCCAACGCCGUCCACUACAUCUGGGAGACGGGCGAGGACAAGUACAUGCUGCGCUACUUCCAUACUGGAUUCUGGCUGUCCUGCGAGAAGCACAACGAAGGUGAGGACCAGGAGGAAAAGUGUCGCAGCUUCAUCGAGCUGACGCCAGGGGAGACUCAAGGUGUCCUGUGGCUAUCGGUCAUCAGUGAAUUCAUGUACAUCGGCCUGCUGGCCAUGGGCUUCCUGCUCAUGUGGCUGGAGGCCAUCUGCUUGUGCGCCAAGAGGGAGAUGAACGCUCUCAAGAUCAACGCCUUCGCCGCCAUGUGCACCGUGUUGUCAGGCUUGAUGGGCAUGGUGGCGCAUAUGAUGUACACCACCGUCUUCCAGAUGACCGUCAGCAUCGGGCCGAAAGACUGGAGGCCGCAGACGUGGGACUACGGCUGGUCCUUUGCCCUGGCCUGGCUGUCGUUCAGCUGCUGCAUGGCGGCCGCCGUGGCCACGCUCAAUUCCUACACCAAAACCAUCAUCGAGAUGAAGCACCGCGCCCGGUUGCGCCUGGAGGAAGUCCGCGCCGCCGCCCGCGCCCCCUCCUAUGAGGAAGUAGUCCGGGCCGGAGGGGGAGUCUACUCCGUCAACCAGCUGAUCCAGCUGGGCCAGCAGGGAGCGCUCAUGGACCCCCUGUGGCCACGGGGGGCAGGCCCCGCUGUGGGACCGCUGGCCUGCAGGGCCGGCGGGGCGCUCGUGGGGAUGGGAGUGGCGGGGAUGGGGGCUGUGGGCGUGAUGAGGUCCGGGGGGUGCUCGGCCAACCCUCCCGGCAGCGUGCUGGUGAUGGAGGGAUGCGGCGUGGGCGUAUGCGAAGACUGCGAAAGGGAGCUGGACCAGAUGGACUAUCUGCACCAGGACGGGGACGGCUCGCUCUGCUAGCGCCGCUUUGCUGAUGCCUGCUGGUCCGGACAGGAACCGAAUGUGGGGCAAAGCGAGUCGCAAGAGACCCUUGACGUGAAUGUUCUUCAGGACUGUACGUCAGCGUUGUGGUGAAGGAAUUCAUUUGGAACUUGGGCUCAGUUAGGUGGGGAGGUGACGAAGUGUGGCUGCUUCGAAACAUGUGUUUUUUUCUGGUUUAUUUUUGUUUUUUGUUUUUUAAUCAACUGCCUCGUACCCAAGAUCACAGGACUUGUGUUGACAUUUAAAGUGUGUGUUGAGUAAACCAAGUUGAUUCCUCACUCCCACAGCAAUGGUCUCCUUGGUGUUUAUUUGGCAUCAUUUGAUGACGUUGUCGGCGGGAUCUGGAAGAUAAGACAGUCGGGAUUGCUGCUUGUCAACACUGCAAAACACGGCCGUAGGAGGUACGAUUUCUCUCUCCGGUGAGUGCCCGUUUGUCUUCCCGUUGUACUUGUUGUCAUUGACAUUUGCAUGUUUAACAAGGAUCGACUGAGCAGGGUCUCGUGCAAACUGUCACUGGGGAAGACUUCAUCGAUGAGCGUGUGGUACUUAAGUCCACUGACAAUGAGUACAAGGGGAACGGCGAGCAAGUUUAAUCGGCCGAUCUUGCGUGACCACGUUGGGAAGCGAUACGCAACGGCCAAAGAUGAGACGUGAGAAAGGACCAGCGGCGACAAGUAGCUGUUUGUCCCCUCCAAGAUUUGCCUGUUAGUUCAGGUUAACAUGUGCUGAGUCUGCUUAGUUUUGUGGCUUCCAAACGCACAGAGGGCGAAGGCUGUUCUUUUAUGUAAUGCAGGUGAUGUAACGGAGAACGCGUACUAGACGAUAGAAUAGAGUUACACUAAGUAAGUGGGUCGCAAACCCAAAAUGUUGAAUGAGCCAUAUAGGACAAAAAAGCCCAAAUAUGUCUGGAGCCGCCAAAAAAUCAAAGCCAAUAAAAGUUACAAUGAAGGAAACACAUGCUGUAUGUAUGUAGGAGACUGGACUGUCUCAGAAUUGUUUGUUAUUCAUUCCUUUGUUGUGUGUUCACAAACGCCCCCAUAGAAUUUAUUUUGUGAUUUCCUCGCUUGAUUUUUUGUUUUGGUGCAUAAUUUUCGCUUUUCUUAGUGUCAGUGAAGUGAUCAUUAAUUUCCGUUUUUCUGAGGCUGUCUUUGAACGCCUCUCGAGUCGAAUGAGAAGAGAGAAGGCACGGAGUCGGGCGCAGACGUGUCUGUGUUUGUCGAGACUGUUAAAAACAUAAAUAAAGUGUACGUUUUAAAAAAACAA